GUGAUAUUCAUUCUUUUAUCCAUUUGACAAGUUUUAUAUGUGUUAUUAUAUUUAAUUAAAGUGAAGUAGUGAUCUAACGUGCAACGUGUGCAUAUACCAUUGGUUGAGAAUUAAAUAAUGCAAUGUCGGGGAAUGACUACUUUGACUUGGAAACAUAUUGUCGUCUAUAUUUUCAAGUAAAACAUAUGUCACUACUGCUUGAUAUCAAGCACUUUGAGAUGAAUAUAAAACCUAGAGAUCCAUAGUCCUUACUAAGAUGGGAUGGCCUAAGGUCGCAACGGAGCACGAAUGAGGUCUGCAAGUCUUUUAAUAAGGCUGCACAACGGUUGUUAAAUCGUGGAUUCAUAACAAUGGAAAAGAAACAUGCUGCUUUCUUAAAAAAUGUGAAAGCGAGAUUACCAAGGAGGGAAUCUGAGAGAAGGUAUCAUCCCUUGUCGAGGCAUUGUGAUAUAUUGACCUCAAUCGAAACAAGAAUUUCAAUGAUGUCUAUGACAUACAGUAAAUAUAUUGAACAGAACAUAUGCUGUUUUAUACCUGGAAAGGUGAUAGAUGAAGUCCUUCGAGUUUUGAAAGUGUUAGAAUUGACUAAUAAUCCGCCCAGAGCUCAUGAAAUUUUACAAGAACUUCGGGAUAUAUCAUCUAUGGCCAUUGAACAUUUUGAUGAAAAAAUAUGCCCACUAUUAAAAGCAGCACAAACCAAUAAUGCUCCAAGGGAAAACACAUUUGAAUUAAAUCGUUCUUUACCUUCAACAUCUCAAGAGGGUUAUGAAACACAAGAUCCUAAUCCUUUCAAGAACGCAUUCAAUAAGAACCUUGUUGAUAAAGUAUUAACAGAUGCUCUAACUAAGAAAUUCAUAGGAUUAUCAAAUCAGUUUAAAAAGAUUAAGGAAUUAUAUGCAACCCAAAACAAACGUUUGAUUAAACAAAGCAGAACAAUCAAGAGGCAAAGUAAUGAAAUUGGUGAACUGAGACGCAGAAUAGAUGACUGGGAAACUAAACAUAAGGAAAUUACAGCAAACGUUAAUCAAAUGAAUAGUUAUGAGCAUUCUCAACCUAUUUCACGGACUAUCUCUACAAGUCAAGUUUUUGAAAGAGUAGCUCCUGUUAUUUGUCACAUGCUGGAUAAUGCUGUGAAUAAGUUACCGGAACUCCCUAAAAAAUGUAACAUUAAGCCACGUAUGGCCCAAAUAACAUUGAAAAGGUACUGCAAUGAAGUCAAGGAGGAUGAUCAAAAGAAAAUGAAAUUUUCUUAUUGAAUUAUCUAAGAUAUUCAUCCCACCAAAAUGUAUUAGCAAUACUGUGCGUAAAAUUUUAUAAUAAUAUCUAUCUCAUAUAUUAGAUUAUCACAAUAAGUUAAAUAUAUUAUUAGGUAGUUUUAAUAUAAAUAAUCUAUGCCCUACAAAUUAUUCAAUAAAACUACUUAUCAACCUUCUC